UAUAUAUUAUAUAGUGAUAGUGGGAUUCAUGUUAUCUCUUGUUCUCCUAUACUUCAUCAGAUACUACGAACAACUCUCUCAACAAUGGGUGUGGAGGUCUGUGCUAAGGCUGCAGUGGGUGCUCCUGAAAUUCUUGGAGACUGUCCAUUUAGCCAAAGGGUACUUCUGACUUUGGAGGAGAAGAAAAUCCCUUACAAGAUUCAUCUGAUCAAUACCAGCGACAAACCCCAGUGGUUUUUGGAGGCCAACCCAGAAGGGAAAGUGCCAGUGAUCAAAUCCGACGACAAAUGGGUUCCUGAUUCUGAUGUCAUUGUUGGAAUUAUUGAAGAAAAUCACCCCGACCCUCCUCUCUCUCCUCCCCCAGAAUUGUCCUCUGUAGGGUCCAAAAUAUUCCCUGCAUUUGUCAAGUUCUUGAAGAGCAAGGAUCCCAGCGAUGGUUCAGAGCAGGCUUUGCUUGAUGAGUUGAAAGCAUUGGAUGAACAUCUCAAGGCACAUGGACCCUACAUAAAUGGGGAAAAUAUUUCCGCUGUUGAUUUAAGUUUGGCACCGAAACUGUACCAUCUCGAGGUGGCUCUUGGCCAUUUCAAGAAGUGGACUGUCCCUGAAAGCUUGGUUCAUGUCCGUAAUUACAUGAAGCUGCUUUUUUCUCGGGAGUCAUUUGAGAAAACCAAGGCUGCGAAAGAGCAUGUAAUUGCAGGAUGGGAGCCAAAGGUUAAUGCGUGAAUUUUGUCUAAAUUAUGACUACAAAUGUUUUUGGCGCUCAAGAGUUCUGAACCUAUGCAUGGUGUCUAGGACUAGAAUGGAAUCAGAUGAACCUCUAUGUUUAAUAAAUGUAUCUGUCUACGUAUGAAUCUAUUUUACCUAUGGUAUUUGCAAUCAAUAUGUAAGGUUAUGCUGUAUUUGGCUAAUAUGUGCAAGGUUCUUCUGCC